AUGCGCGCACCGUCUCCGCUCCUGCGGAGCUUGAGCUCCAAAACAUCGCUAUCGCUGCCUUACUCGCGACGAUUUCUCACGCCUCGCUUUCCAAUUACAGUCACCUCUAAAACUUCUCUCAGGACAGUUGCGAGCUAUACGCAUCCGCAUCAUGCCUCGGCCAUAUCGGUUCUGCCCACGGCGGUGGACACGUCCUCACCUGAUUUCAAGGAGAAUGCCGAGCAGAUGAAGGAGCUCGUAGAUCGGAUGAGCAAUCUACAUAGCACCAUCUCACAAGGCGGACCACAAAAAGCAAAAGAAAAGCACAUUGCCAGAGGCAAAAUGCUCCCUCGCGAUCGGGUGACAGCCCUGAUCGACCCCGGCACAUCGUUCCUGGAGCUUUCCCCGUUGGCCGGCCACGAGGUGUACCCAGGCGAGGACGUUCCCGCCGGUGGCAUUAUUACUGGAAUUGGAACCGUCGAAGGCGUUACAUGUAUGAUCGUGGCAAAUGACAGCACUGUCAAGGGAGGCACCUACUAUCCCAUCACGGUGAAGAAGCAUCUCCGAGCGCAGGCAAUCGCUCAAGAGAACAAACUCCCCUGCCUCUACCUCGUGGACUCCGGCGGUGCCAACCUCCCCCAUCAGGCCGAUGUAUUCCCAGACAAGGAACACUUUGGCCGCAUCUUCUUCAACCAAGCCCGGAUGAGCUCAAUGGGCAUCCCCCAGAUCUCCGUGGUAAUGGGCCCCUGCACAGCAGGAGGAGCCUACGUCCCAGCCAUGAGCGACGAGACUAUCAUCGUCGAGAAACAAGGCACCAUCUUCCUGGCGGGCCCUCCCCUCGUCAAAGCCGCCACAGGCGAAGAAGUCUCCGCCGAAGACCUAGGCGGCGGUCAACUGCACAGCACCAUCUCCGGCGUAACAGACUACCUCGCCGUAGACGAUGCCCAUGCCCUCAUCCUCGCCCGCAGAUCCGUCGCCAACCUCAACUACCCUAAAACCAGCGUGCCCCUCAAACUCGACGACAGCACCAUCAAAGAACCCCUCUACGACCCCGCCGAAUUGAACGGCAUCGUCGGCACCAACCUCCGCCGCCAGAUCCCCGUCCACGAAGUCAUCGCCCGUAUCGUCGACGGCAGUGAAUUUGCCGAAUUCAAACGCGACUACGGCACCACCCUCGUCACAGGCUUCGCCCGUAUCUACGGCCACCAGGUCGGCAUCGUCGCCAACAACGGCAUCCUCUUCUCCGAGUCCUCCCUGAAGGGAGCCCACUUCAUCGAGCUCUGCGCCCAGCGCAACAUCCCCCUCAUCUUCCUCCAGAACAUCUCCGGCUUCAUGGUCGGCGCCGACGCCGAGAAGGGCGGCAUCGCCAAAAACGGCGCGAAGCUAGUGACCGCAGUAGCCUGCGCCGACGUACCCAAGUUCACCGUUGUCUUUGGCUCCAGCGCCGGUGCCGGCAACUACGGCAUGUGCGGCCGUGCCUACUCCCCAAGGCUAAUGUUCAUGUGGCCCAACGCCAAAAUCGGAGUAAUGGGCUCCGAGCAACUCUCCUCGGUAAUGGAAGCAGUCGGACGCACCGCAGACCCAGCCCUGAAAGCUCGCAUCGACCACGAGUCCGAGGCGAUUUUCUCGUCCGCCCGUCUCUGGGACGAUGGGGUCAUUCCGCCGGCGCAGACGAGACGCGUACUUGGAUUGAGUUUGGCGGCGUCGUUGGGUGGACGGGUUGAUAAGGAUGUGCAGACGCGGUUUGGUGUUUUUAGGAUGUAG